CACAAUUGAAUAGGAGUUAGGACAGUAAACAAAAAUAUGAAAAUCUGUGAAACUAAAAAUUAAAAACAGGUUUAUUAAAUGAAUUGAAUAAGUUUGAAAUAUAGUUUUAAUAAAAGUUAAACAUACAAACAAAUUGUAACUAUGCUUGCUACCUCGAGAAGUCUAAUACUCCGACAUAACCCUAUAAUUUUUAAGAGGUUUCGGCACAAAGUAAAUAAACAACUUGAAGAUAAGCCAGAACCAAAAGUGGCUGCAGAUGUAAUGAAUUAUUUAAAAAACUCUACAGAUUAUAAAGAAAUUGUUGACAAAGUGCCUAAAACACUUCUAAAGAAGUAUAAGGCUCCAGAAACUAUGUAUUUAAUUAAUAAAAAUACAGCAAAGAAUAUCACUGAAACACUUGUAAAUUACAUCAGCAACGAUGCUCCUAUUGUUGAAAUUAACCCUGGAUUUGGAUUUUUGACACGGGAACUUUUACAAUGUCAAAAAAAAUCAAUUUAUUUAUAUGAAAUUUCAAACCAUUUUUCUCAAUUCAUAACAGAAAUACAAUCACAAUUUCCUGACAGAAUCCAUUUUAAAUCUGGUGAUUUCUUUGGAAUGUGGAAGUUAGCAUUUAAAGACAAAUUGGAUGAUGGCAAUAGAUUGAAAGAAUUGCUAGGAGAUCUUGCAACUGACGAUAAUGAUAGAAUUUUGAACAUAAUUGGCGCCAUGCCAAGCUUGACUUUUGUGAAACACCUAAUAACUACUAUAGUUUUCCACAAUGAAACCAGCCAAUUGGGUAGACCAGACCUUUAUAUUGCUAUGCCAGGACACCACUAUGAGUUUCUGACGGAUAGUUCUAUUCAAAUGAGUAAACAUAAAUCAAUACCAGCACUUUUUCAACUACUCUUUGAUUUUAAAGUUUUAAAUAAAGUGCCUAAAGUGCACUUCUUGCCGUGGAUGUUCAGUGAAAAUAAAGCGAAAUCUUCCAUCAUUGAAGAGAACUGUUUAUAUUUAGUGAGAAUAACUCGGAAGAAGACAUUGCCGUGUGCUCCGAGGGAUCUGCCACUUCUGUGGUACUUUUUUAAACCACAAACUUUUUCUAAAUGUACCAGAGUUAUUCCGAUGUUAGAGCAAUGGAUUCCCGGCUGCGGCGUGUGGCUUAUUACUGGGCAAGAUCCUCCCGACACCAACAAGGAAGUAGCUCCGGGCAGGGAUGAUGCUGCACUGCCUCACAUGACGAUAUUCACUGAAUUUGGUGAUCUCAAUUUGAGUCAGAAAGUGACUGUGUUUAAAAGAUUCAUUUCUUGGCCGGAGUUUGAGCAGUGCCCAUACAGAGUUACGAUGGAAAACAACUUGCCGAAGUUUGCUUCACACAUAGACGAUGACAAGGCCACCAUCGCUGUUCCUAUUGACGAAAUGGAAAGCUCAGACACAGAAAUUGAACCUGAUCAAUGAUAGCAAAAUAAAUACAAUAUUAACUUCU